ACCGCCAGAGGGCAGAAACACACUUUCAGGCUCUGACAUCAAACCACGAAGAAGAGACGGUGUGUGCGGAAGUUGCGCCGCUGCAGGUUAACGUGCCAGCAACAAAGGACUCACCUGGGAGCUAGAGCAGCAGUCAUGUGGCCUGUAGUCUGGACCGCGUUGCGGACCUACGCGCCUUAUGUCACCUUCCCUGUGGCCUUCGUGGUGGGCGCAGUGGGCUAUCACCUGGAGUGGUUUGUUAGGGGGACGCCCAUACCCCGAGAGGAGAGGAGCAUUUUGGAACUGAGGGAGGAGAGGAAGCUGCAGGAGCAAGUGGGUAAAGAUAGCACUCAGGUGCUCAGCCUGAAGGAGAAACUGGAGUUCACACCUAAAGCAGCUCUCAACAGGAACCGACCUGAGAAGAGCUAACUGGUGUCGGCGUGACAAACUCGUGUUUGCAGUUUCUCACCAUAGGUGGGGGUGCACUAGGAGCAGAGGGGGUGAACUGGAGGCCAAAACCACUCAUUCUGUUCAGCUCUGCUAUGUCAUCUCUAGUUCCUGAACCUUCAUGGAUGUUUUCUAGAAGGUGGAAUGCAGAAUCACUCUUCAUGGUGCACACAACUAUAGAUCCACACAUAAACAAGCCUCUGUAAUGAUAUCACAGUAUUUAUUGAUCAUUUAGAUGUUUCAGCUUUGUUUGUCUGCUUCUGCUUUGAGAUGAAGAACGUCUCUUCACGUGAGGGAACGGCGACAUCACCCAGAUUUUAUUGUAACUUUGUAAUUAGGCUAAUUCUGUCAAGUACUGAAAGUGUCACAUGGUUCUGUGUGCUAACGGACUCCUGAUCCUGAUGAAGGAACUGGACAAGAUCACUCGUUUUUUCUUUGCUGACCUUUGAUGGAAUGUGGCAGGUUCAUUUUCUUUAGCACAGCUAAAGUCUGGAUUAUGUAUAGAAAUGAUGAAUAAACCAUUCCAGAUCAUUGACUUCAGACUUGACUUGGAUCAAGACUUGACUGGACAGACCUGUGACUUACUUGCGACUUGCAAAGCAAUGACUUGGUCACACCUCUGUUAAUUAAUCGUCAGAAGAUUUGAUGGAACAUUUUAAUAUUUCGUUUACACGUUUGCUUUUAGAUCCAGCUCCACCUUUCCCCUUCAUCUUUAAACUCUUGAGCCGAAAACAAACCAUAAAGACAAUAAAAAUCCUUCAUUCCGUUUCCACAGGAAACUUGUUGCUGAAAUGCAAACUAAAAUCUUUCAGGGGUCAAAGAUAAACACAAAAGUGACUCAUUUUAUUUAAAAUGAUGUUACCAACUGCGUACAUUGAGUUUUUGUGUUUCUAUUAAUAUUCUCACAUAAACAAAAGAGGUUGUGUGUUGACCUUUACGGUCAGAGGUAUUUAUGAGGUCUGGGGUUCACUCUGCCCAGAGCAGCUUCAUUUUCAGCUUUAAAAAAAAAAAAGAAAAACAAACUUGUGAUGUAAAACAUUUUGACAUCUUGUUUUUAACUCAAAGUUAAAAUGAGAGCACCGUAAACCUCUUUUCUAUAUUUGUGGGAAAUAAAUAAUUAUCCUAAAGCAAAAUGAAAUCCAUUCACUAAUGAAUUAUUAAUAAAUAAACACGAGGAAGUGACUCUUGACACGGA